CCGGGAGCCGCGUUCCGCGGGGAGCGGGCGCUCGCGCCGAGCAGGGGUUUCAGUUUCUGGCGCGAACUUCCGCCGUCCCGAAGUUGCACGGCGAAUUGGCGCGAUGUCCGGGGACAGCAGCGGCCGCCGGUCCGAGGGCCGGGGCCGGGGCCGCGACCCGCACCGGGAUCGCACCCGCUCCCGCUCCCGCUCGCGGUCCCCGCUGUCGCCCGUGUCCCGCCGCGGCGCCGCGCCCGAGCGCAGGGAGGCCCCGGAGCGCCCGAGCCUGGAGGAGGCAGAGCCGUCGGAUUCCGGGGACGAGAUGGUGGACCCCGCGAGCUUGGAGGCGGAGACCGACCACGGCCUGUGCCGCCAGAUCCGCCAUCAGUACCGGGCGCUCAUCAACUCGGUCCAACAAAACCGAGAGGAUAUACUGAAUGCCAGCGACAAACUAACUGAGGUCCUUGAAGAGGCCAACACUCUGUUUAAUGGAGUGUCCCGGGCAAGAGAAGCAGUCCUGGAUGCCCAGUUUCUUGUUUUGGCUUCAGAUUUGGGCAAAGAGAAGGCAAAGCAGCUGCGUUCUGAUCUGAACUCGUUCGAUAUGUUGCGCUACGUUGAAACUCUACUGACACAUAUGGGUGUAAAUCCGCUAGAAGCUGAAGAACUCAUCCGUGAUGAAGAUAGUUCUGAUUUUGAAUUCAUAGUCUAUGACUCCUGGAAAAUAUCAGGCAAAACAGCAGAAAACACCUUUAAUAAAACCCAUACAUUCCACUUUCUGUUGGGUUCAAUACAAGGAGAGUUCCCUGUGCCAAAGCCACGAAGCGACCGUCCGAGAAAAGGUCCCACGACAGAAGAGAAGAAGACCAUGCCUGACCAGUUAAGUGAAAUGGAAGAAUCUCAUCAAGAAGCAACAGAAAAGGAAGUGGAAAGAAUUUUGGGAUUAUUGCAGACCUAUUUCCGAGAGGAUCCUGAUACUCCUAUGUCCUUCUUUGACUUUGUGGUUGAUCCACAUUCUUUUCCCCGAACAGUGGAAAACAUCUUUCAUGUUUCCUUCAUUAUAAGGGAUGGUUUUGCAAGAAUAAAGCUUGACCAAGACCGACUGCCAAUAAUAGGUAUCGAACUUUUACGUUGCUGUAUCUUUACUGAAAAUAUCGCCAUCAUUUAAAGCCAGAGGGUUCAUCUGUAUCAUUGACUCAACACUUACUGCCUUAAAGAUUGACAAGAGGGGCGCCUGGGUGGCGCAGUCGGUUAAGCGUCCGACUUCAGCCAGGUCACGAUCUCGCGGUCCGUGAGUUCGAGCCCCGCGUCAGGCUCUGGGCUGAUGGCUCAGAGCCUGGAGCCUGUUUCCGAUUCUGUGUCUCCCUGUCUCUCUGCCCCUCCCCCGUUCAUGCUCUGUCUCUCUCUGUCCCAAAAAUAAAUAAACGUUGAAAAAAAAAAUCUUUAAAAAAAGAUUGACAAGAAAGUCCCUCCAGUUUUUAUCUAGAAUGUUUGUAAUUGCAGUUACUAUUGUACUUUCCUUCCUUCUAUUUUUCCCUGAAGCCCCUCCCUCCUCUCCUUGGGAGAAUCUUUCUCAAAUAAUUUCACCGGUCUCCAUGAGUCCUUUGUUUCCUAAGGUCUCCUGCAGAGAAUCAAGUACAUCCAUUGCCUUUAUUGUUACUUUAAAAGCUCUUAAUUUCUCUUGGACUCAGUAGGGCUCAGCUCUGUGGUUAGUACUUAGAUCUGCAGAGGUUUUUAAAUGAUUGCAACGUGUCACUCCAUCUUGUGGGGCUUUUUAAAAAUGGAAGCAAAUGGAUUACUUGCUACAACACUAUAACAAGUCAGUGAUGUGUGGGAUCCUAAUAAGUAUGUAAUAUUAUAAGUGUCUUUUCGAUACAGGCUUCAUUCCUGUUCAACAGUUUACGUUCAGCCUACCUCCUGUGAUUCGAUAACCUUUGAAAACUUGUCUUUCCAACAGAGCCCGUUAAUAUUAAUGAAGAAAGUGAGGGAAUUGACCAAAACACCCAAA